AUGGCUUCUUCUGGACUGGGAAACGGAGUAGGCAGUUCGAGAUCUGCCAAAGGUGUAAAGACCUCUUCUAGUUCAGUCGAUUGGUUGACGAGAGAUUUGGUUGAGAUGAGGAUAAGGGACAAGGUAGAGACUGAUGACGAGAGGGAUAGUGAACCAGAUAUUAUUGAUGGGGCUGGUACUGAACCUGGCAAUGUGAUUAGAACAACAGUCCGUGGACGAAAUGGUCAAUCAAGACAGACAGUCAGUUACAUAUCAGAACAUGUGGUCGGUACUGGUUCCUUUGGCAUGGUUUUCCAAGCCAAAUGUAGGGAAACUGGGGAGAUUGUUGCCAUCAAGAAGGUUCUACAAGACAAGCGUUACAAGAACAGGGAGCUACAAAUUAUGCAGAUGCUAGACCAUCCCAAUGUUGUUGCUUUAAAGCAUAGCUUCUACUCAAGAACAGAUAAUGAAGAGGUUUAUUUGAAUCUUGUCCUUGAAUUUGUACCCGAGACCGUCAAUCGUGCUGCGAGAAGUUACAGUAGGAUGAACCAGCUGAUGCCAUUGAUAUACGUCAAACUCUACACCUAUCAGAUUUGCAGGGCUCUUGCUUACAUUCAUAAUUGCUUUGGUCUUUGUCACCGUGAUAUUAAACCUCAAAACCUGCUAGUGAACCCACAUACGCAUCAGCUAAAAAUAUGUGAUUUCGGGAGUGCAAAAGUGUUGGUGAAAGGAGAACCCAAUGUUUCUUACAUCUGUUCUAGAUACUAUCGUGCUCCAGAACUCAUUUUUGGCGCCAGCGAAUACACAACUGCAAUCGAUAUAUGGUCCACUGGUUGUGUGAUGGCUGAAUUGCUUCUUGGCCAGCCUCUGUUUCCUGGUGAAAGCGGAGUAGAUCAGCUUGUUGAAAUCAUUAAGGUUUUAGGUACACCAACAAGGGAGGAAAUCAAGUGCAUGAAUCCAAACUAUACAGAAUUUAAAUUCCCCCAGAUAAAACCUCAUCCAUGGCACAAGGUUUUCCAAAAACGUUUACCACCAGAGGCGGUUGAUCUUCUAUGUAGGUUCUUCCAAUAUUCCCCUAAUUUGAGAUGCACAGCUUUGGAAGCUUGUAUUCAUCCGUUAUUUGAUGAGCUAAGGGAUCCAAACACUCGUCUUCCCAAUGGCCGGCCACUUCCUCCUCUUUUCAACUUCAAACCUCAAGAGCUAUCUGGCAUCCCUCCUGAAAUCGUGAACCGGCUUGUUCCAGAGCAUGCCCGUAAACAGAACCUCUUCAUGGCUUUGCAUGCCUAG